CAUAAAAUCCAUGUGAAUCAUGUCAUUCUAAGAAUCAACGACCCCUCAGUUACAUACAUCCUUAUUUAGCCCCACGCCACAGCACAGUCGUCACUGAAAACAAGCCACCGUCAUGUCCUCCACAACAGUCACCGAGACUUCCGAACAUACCAAAGCGGUUGAAGAUGAGACCUCGCAGAUGUUGCGGGCUGCCGAGAUCAGCCAUACAAAGCCACUAUGGAAACAGAUGAGCAGACUCAACCCGGCUCUGCCCAACCCACGAUGCAUUCCACACCUCUGGAAGUACUCUGACAUUCAGCCGACUCUCUUACAAGCGGGGCAUCUUGUUACCGAGUCCCAGGCCGAGCGCCGGGUGUUAAUGCUGGUGAAUCCAUCCCGAGAUGCCCCCUUCACCACUGACACCCUGUAUGCCGGACUUCAGCUCGUGAUGCCGAAUGAGACGGCCAAGGCUCAUCGGCACACUGCUUUUGCCAUGCGCUUCAUCAUUGAAGGAAACGGAGGCUUCACUGCGGUCCAUGGCAAGCGUAUCGCGAUGAACCGAGGAGAUGUCAUCCUCACUCCUACCUGGAACUGGCACGAUCAUGGGAAAGACGGAUCCGGCCCGAUGAUCUGGCUCGAUGGCUUAGACUUGCCCAACUUUACCCACUUUCCUGUGCACUUCGUCGAGCAUUUCUCAUCGCCACGGUAUCCCGCAGACGAUGUCGAUACUUCUCAGUCACCCAUCGUUUUCCCUUGGAGCCGAAUGAAGGCAUCGUUGGACUCCGAAGAGGGCCAAUAUGUUACACGAAGAUACCUGCGCACCGAUGGCUCUGAAGUCAGCAAGGUACUGGGCGGAUGUGCAGCCCGCUUGGAUGCUGGUGCAACUUCGCCUCUAGUCCAGGAGACGGCAUCGUCAGUAUACCACGUGGUCGAAGGCUCUGGCCAGACACGGAUUGGAGACAAGGUUUUAAUCUGGAAGAAAGGAGAUACCUUUUGCAUCCCUUCGUGGUAUUCCUACCAGCAUUCUGCGGAUGAAGGACUUGGGUCUCCAGUAUACUUGUAUUGUUUUGACGACACGCCAAUGCUUAAGAGCUUGGGGUUCUAUCGCUCCGCCGACAUGGACGUCGAGACCCUUGUGUCGGCUUAGAUUCGGAGACGGUUAUUCGACGGUGAAGCUAUUGAAUGUCUCAAGUUUCUAGCAGUCACAGUCGAUCACGAAAUGGAAACAGUACAUACCACACAUGGAUUUACGGACUCUUUUGCAAUGUUCAAUUUCCUCGCUGUCUCUUUAGACAAACAGCAUUGACUGCUGGAUCGUGAAAGCGGUGUACUUUUUUUUAUA